AUGUCGGAAGAUAUUCUGAGGAAGCAAAGGAGCACAACUGGUAUCAAUGAUCUUGAACUACCCGAAGUUGACAUACAUAAUUACACUCUAGCAGAGUUUGAAAGACUUCCCAGACCUGCCUUUCCAACAGAUAACUACAGAAAUGCUGAUUUGAAUAGGCUUAUCAUAGAGGAGACAUCAUACAAUGUUAGAGAGAUGAAGGAGGUUCACGAUGCUAACUACCAGAAGUUAAAUUCAGGCCAGAGGUGUGUAUAUAAUUCAGUCAUUGAUUCUGUGCUCGCAAAGAAGGGGUGGAUUAUUCUUUGUACACGAAGUGGUGGAUGCGGCAAGACUUUUCUUUGGCAAACAGUGAUAGCUUACCUUCGUUCAGAACGUCGAAUUGUAAUCCCUGUUGCUUCUUCAGGGAUUGCAGCGACACUGCUCCCAGGUGGGAGGACUGCACACUCUCGCUUCCAUAUACCUAUAAAGCUUGAUCAAUACUCCUGUGCUGGCAUUAAACAUGGUACUGACCUUGCUGAAUUAAUCAAACUCACCGAUUUGAUUAUUUGGGAUGAGGCGCCUAUGCAACACCCGCUAUGCUUUUGA